AUAUAUUGUGCUAUUCGAUGCUUCCUGGUUGUCCAAUACUUGAGGAAUUAUCCUUACAUCACUUACGCGAUUACCGAGAUGCUAACAAUUCGCCAUUCUCUAUAUCCCACAAAACCCUCAAGAGACUCACAGUGCACUUCAAUAACAGUUUUGACGUUAUUGACACACCAAGUCUUCUUUACCUUGAAUACUCUGGUUUCGCUCCUUGUCCCUAUUCAAGGACCAGUUACUUGAAUUCCCUUGUUGAGGCCAAACUAGAUGUUCAUAUAAAACAUGGAUGUUAUGCUCAAAUGCAUCUAGCUACAAUCAUUGAUUGGAUAUGCAACGUUAAGACCCUUUCCUUGUCUCCUGCUUCUGUUAAGACGAUGUAUUCAAGAUGUGUGGAAUUACCUAUCUUUCCAGACCUUGUUAAGCUUUUUUUUGAAAGUAACGCGAAAGAAGGUUGGGAAGUGCUUCCCCGUCUUCUUAACAAAUCUCCAAAGCUAGAAACGUUGGUCCUUAAGGGCUUGCAUUGUGCAAGUGAUCACGGUGUUUGCAUUGAUCGAAAUGAAGUGAAGGUGUUGGAGAUAUAUGGGUUUACCGGACGUGGUAGAGAAGUGAGACAAGUGAAGUGCUUAUUGCGGGAAAUGCAGUUUCUUCAAGUGAUGAGAGUGGAAAUUGAUGCUGAUGAUAACAAGAAACUACGAGUCAUCAAUCACCUUCUUGAUCUUCCUAAACGUCCAUCUAAAUUCCAAAUCCAGUUCUUGUGAGAUUCACAUCCCCUCCUAGUUUUGAUUUGGGUUAACAGUUUUUCGGAUUUUAAAAAUUAUGAGAAAUGGUAACCAAACUACCUCACUUUUUCUUUCAGUUUUGGUCUUGGUUCGUAUUAUGGCUUUAAUUUUAAGAAAAUUAAGUUUCUGCU